AUGGUCAAUUUGGAUUAUAGCAGUGAUAGUGAUAGUGCACCUGAAGAAGAAGGAUUAGAUAUUGGUCAACAAGAAGUCCAGUUACAAUUACGAGAAAGAGAAGAUGCUCAAAGACGUGAACAGAAAAUACUGAAGGAACAGAGACGUAAACAAGAUGAGAUGUUUAGGAGGCAGAGAGAGGAGAAAGAUUCAAAGAUAGGUACUGAUUCUUUAGAAGAGAUGCCAACAGAACUUUUAGAAAGUUUAGCCAGGAAAGAACAAGAAACUCAAGUGGAACAACCUACUAAAAGAGCUGCACAAAGGCAUAUUAGUUUUGAAGAUGAGCUAGAUGAAGCUCCUGCUGCCAAAGGCCCUUCACGCAAAAAGAAUAAAUUGGCAAUGCUUAGAGCCAAAAGAGGUCCUGUAAUGGUUCAAGUCUUAUCGCAAAGUUCUCAACUGCCGCCUAAAGUAGAAAGACCAGUUAUGAAAGAUAGAGAUAAAUGGUUGAAAAGAAAAGGUUUGAGAAGGAAGUAA